UCCAGCCGAAGCAAGAGGAAGAGAGAGGAGGAACGAGGGAAAUAAGAGGAGAUAGUAGAAGAAAACAGUGGCAUGAUGGAAGGAGAGGAGAAAGUGGAUGAGGGUACAGCGAGUCAGAAUGAGCCGAACGGACCAGCUGACCACCCACUGAUCCACACCCUUCUGGAGGAGAACGGACAUAUCCAGAAAACGUUCUUAAACUCUGAUACCGACAUGAACGGCAAGGUGGGUAACAGAGGGCAGACGAAUGACAACGUUGAGGCCAACAGCAAUGCCAACAAUCUUAGCAUGGCAUCCUAUCCGUCCAGGGAGCUGCAGAAUCACUCACAGCCACAUUUACGGACGCCUAAGAAAGCAGCAACAUUCGGGAAGCGCUCCAACUCCAUGCGCCGCAACCCCAACGCUGAAGUGACCAAGCAAGGCUGGCUUUAUAAGCAGGCCAGCAGUGGUGUGAAGCAGUGGAACAAGCGCUGGUUCGUGCUCACUGACCGAUGUCUCUUUUACUACAAAGACGAGAAAGAAGACGUUGUCUUGGGCAGCCUUCCUCUCCUCAGCUUCAGGAUCGGACCCGUCCAGCCUUCGGACAACAUCGGUCGCAAGUUCGCCUUUAAGGUUUGGUUCGAGGAGGAAGAAGAGAAAAGGGAGAUGGAGAUGGAGGAUGAGAAGGACUCUAAGGGUAGUAUGGCAUUCUGUUUGCAGGCGGAACACGCAGGAACUCGGACGUACUUUUUUGGCACAGACAACCUAGAGGACAGGGAGGAGUGGGUCCAAGCCAUGACUGAGGCAGCCAGGGUCCAUGUCCCACUUACGACAAGGAGAAUCUCAGAGCCUCUUCCAACAGAAGAACAGAACCACAUCACAUUGUCAAAAGCACCGGAGACCAACUCCUGUCCAGAAAAAGAGAACUCGAGACCUGAGCGGCCUAGACCUGGUGAAAAUGGGGUCAAUGGCAUAGAAAGCAGAGAGACAUCCACGCCUGCCACACCAGCUCCCAUGGAUAUGGAUAGUCGACAGGGGGACAAGGGAUGCCCGCCGUCCCACCAACCCAAUGGAUGGGGCAACUAUGGCUCGAGAUAUCAGUCCCAGGAGAACAUAAGGGAGGUUCGCGAGGUGCGCCCAGAGCCCCAGGAAAACUUGGUCUUGCGCAGGGGCUUUGUUCCAAGGACAGGAACCGAAAGGAUGGCACAGAGGAAAAGCUCCAUGACACAGUUGCAGCAGUGGGUAAACCAGAGGCGUGUUGUGACACCUCAGGAUGACCCACGGAGUUCACGAUACCACACAGUGAACCGAGGCAUGUCGGCAGACUACUUCGGCAUGUACGGUGGUCCUCCAUAUCCAGAGGAUUAUCAAUUAUACCCUCCAGGGAUUCGUCCAGACAGCAUUUGCUCCAUGUCAGCCGCCUAUGAUCGGAUGGUAAUAGAGGACAAGCGGCGAUCCCUUAGGGACAUUCCUCUCUACGGGCCGCCCCGAGAGCCACAGUGGAUAAGGGAAAAUCCGGGGUCGCAUCCCGCAUACUACAACCAAGCAGAGUCAACCCAGGGCACUUUGAAGCGUCUCACGCUGCAGCCACGCUCUAGGUCUGUUCCUCGCUCGCCUUCUUCUUCGUCAGGGGGCCCAUACUCACCCGGACCUCAAAACUUUAUCUCUCCAGCACGGUCACCCAGUAUGCGCUUCGACAGAGUGCCUGGACGGCUCAGGGAGGAAGGACUCUAUGUUGAUCCCGCAGUCUAUGGAAUGAGAAGGUCGAUCAGUUCCCCCAAGUACGAUUUUCCCAGGGAUCGGCAGUCUCUUAGCCAAAGUGCGUACCACUACAACUACCCAGCCUCCCCCUCGCUACAUGGCAAAAUGGAGGACAUGUUAGACCUGCAGCUGCAGAGGAACCUGGAGUACCUCGAUCAGCAGGUAAUGGAGCGGGAUUACCUAGUCGGAAUGGUAUCCCGAAUGGUUGACCGCCCCCCCAGACCAAAGUUUUACUCACAAGCACCACCGUUUGAUGUUUACAGGGAACUGCAUCCCACACUAAAGAUCAACGAACUUGAGACCACUAAACUGCUGAAUCGUUUGUGUGAACAGAACAGACUGCUAAAGGAGCAGGAAGCUGUUGUUCAACGGUUGAGGAUGGACAAGGAUAACCUGGAGGCCUCGUUGGUGGCGACACAUCAGGACAUGGAACUUUGCAGGACUCAGCCCCACACCUUGGAAAAACUGCAGUUAAAGAAGGAGAGCUUACAGAACCAGCUCAUCAACGUCCGGGGAGAGCUUUCUCAGGCUACCAGUGCAUUGGCCACCUCUCAAAUGGAGUUUGAAGCUCUGGAGGAUGAUGUGAACAUUAUUCACGGUGACCUCUGGGAGCAACUGAAUGCUGGAGGACAGAGUGAGCUGGUCCACCGACACCUGCAGAAAGAGUUUUGGAGAGUUCAGGAUGUGCUUGAAGGGCUACACAAGAACAAUCCAUCUCGAGGAACAGACACUGCUAAAUAUAGAGCAGUUAGUGGUGCAUCAGGUUCCUUCAGCAACAGCCCAGCGAGCCCACUGAGUUCCGUGAGUCUAACCAGCCCCCUCAGUCCGUUCUCUCCUGUUCCCGGUUCCCAGAAUUCACCCACGAAACAGCUGCCGACAGAGGAAACUGGCCCUCCACGCCCCCCACUUCCUAAGUCUUACCAGCCCUUGGAUUCCUCCACGAUCAUGCCCCCUACUGUCCCCCCUCUCCCUUUCAACAGCAAUGCCUGGUCACGUGGCGUGGACGUCUAUAAGGAAGAUGAAGUACCUCGCAGUCAAAAGCACAAAUACAGCUCGGUGGAUGGAAAAACAUAUGACCUGGAGCAAGACAGAAAAGGCAACAAAGUUGGUGUUCCAUCAAAGACCAAAUCUCCCAUAGAGGACAAGGAUGCUGUCCAUAAGAGGAAUGGAAAAAUACCCAAUGGUCACAUAUCUAGGGAGAGGCCAAAAAGCGCCAUGUUCCCGGCUGAAGUAAAGUCCAAGAUGAGCGUAGAGGAGCAGAACGAGAGGAUACGUCGCAACCAGAGUACCUCAGUCAGGGAUAAAAGACGUAGCCUUAAUCUCUCCAACAACCAGAACCUGGAUGGCAGCAAAUCCUCCGUCAACUACAGAGUGAUAAGGCGGAGACUGACUGCGCAUGAGGUGGACAUAAAGGACCUGGAGAUGGCCGUGAGAGGGCAAGGAGUGGAGUCUCCCAGGGAGGAAAUUGCCCGGCUAAGGAGACAAGGGGAGCCUGAGCAUUACGACUUGAUCGGCAAAGAGCUGUCCACACCAGACAAAGUGCUGAUCCCUGAACGGUAUGUGGAAAUCGAGCCCAGCACGCCGCUCAGUCCGGAGGAGGAGAAAGAGAAACAGAAGAAAGUAGAGAGAAUAAAGACUCUUAUCGCCAAAUCGAACUUGCAAAACAUCGUACCGGCUCUGGACGGCCCCGCCGAGACCCAGACCAACCCCGAGCAGAAGCUGCAGGAACAGGAGAAGCGCAUCGAGAUCUCCUGCGCCCUGGCCGCCGAAGCCUCCCGCCGCUCCCGCCUGCUCUCCGUUCAGACCUCCUCGAGUCCCCCCGCCUCCCCGACCGACCUGACCCCUCUCCCCUCCUCCGGCUUCUCUGACUCCUCCCACAUCAUGAAGGUGUGAGUGUGUGAAGCUCAAGCUCUGGCUGUGGUCAAGUUCGAUGAUGAACCCUUCUAAAUGGCAAAAUCACGAUGCCCCUGCGAUGUAUUUAUCUCAAUACCGACAUAAUAAAUCGAGGAAAUACGGAGGAUCUUGGUGUUCCGACUUGGUCCUGAGUUCUUUCCGAGGAGGGCGUAACAUAUCCUCAUGAUCAUGAUCGACCUCACGUUUUUCUUUCUACUAAGCCAUUGCUGGAGGAGCUAUACUAAUGACGGGAAUGGAUGAUAAUAGUGAAAGCUACAAACUAGCCAGAAAGUUACUUGUUUACACAAACUGCGUCUACUUUGUCAUACUGUAGUGACUGAGAUUUGUGCUACAGUGGUACUGAAAUGGCUGGAUUCAUUGCAAGUACAAAAGUAUGUCCAAAACGGAAGAAACGAAAUGUAAAGAUGGACGUUGAUUAGAAGGAAAACGUCCAAGAUGCUUGGCGACACGAUGGCAAAGCAUGUAGAGCAAAGAGGACAACAGGAAGUUGACAAAAUCAGCACACCGGUCCUUUACAACAAACUAUCUGACCUUGAUCUGUGUUGCAAACAUCGACCACUUCUGACUCCUCCGUUGACCAUGGGAACGUCUUCUUGCAUGGCGGCAUCCAUCCCCCUGGAGCACGGGGAGAAAUCGAGGACCUCACGUCCCGUUUGAAGCACUUGCUUAGGCACUUCUUUGCUUUCUCUUCGCCUCCUGUACAGAGAUCAAGCCCAGCGUGGACACUGUGACUCCAUCUAGCCUCGUAACCCCUGAAACAGGGCUUUGUAGAAACCGUCGGUCGCAGAUCGCCCAACGGAGCAGUCUGGUAUCUUCUCGGGCAGUCGAAAUCGUAAAAUACUACGAAUGAGCACUCGUCGGCCACUCGAUUAGGAACAUCUGCACAUCUGUAUUCAUAUUGUUGGUGUUAGUUGGUGCCAGAUUGAGCACCGAGCAUGGAUUAGAGGUCAGAAACUGUUGAUUACUUUGGAAAAAACAUCCAGUGAGUGGCAGUUAUGCAGAUAGAAAACCAAUGUCUAUAAAAGAACAAGGUGAAUUGGCAUGGAGACGGCACAUCUGGACAAACCUUAAGGAGGAACGCUACACCAGCAAAGGUUCACCACCGCAAAAUCAAUCCAAUGUAGGCAACUCCUCAGCUCUGCUAUCCAGGCUGGGCACCUACAUGAACAACGAUUGGCUGAUAGACGAGGGACAAUGAGGAUCAGGGUGUGGCUCUCUGUACACAAAGCUGAUCCGCAUAUGAACUCGCUUCUUACAGGUGGAAAGAUUCAGUCGGCUACUGCACAAGUGUCGGAGUUUGGCUCUCCUCAAUCAAGCCGGGGAUCAGCAUCAGUAGAGAGAAAGCAUAAUGCGAUUGAGUAAUUGGAUACGCUUCAAAGAAGAAGUCGGAUCCCCCUCACAGCCCUGUAUAAAGGGGGACCAUAAAGGGAACAGGAGCACAAGAUUCAUGUGUGGGUCAUGUUCCAUUUCCAUUUGGACAUCCCUGACAUAGGGUUUCCAUCCAGUAGGGGAUCAAAAUCUCACCCCAGGAGGAACUGACAUUCAUUACACCAGGUAGCAUGGUCCGAUUUUAGAGAGCCUGUGCCCACCGUAGCCACUGGGUUGACAGGAGUGGAACCUUAUGUAGCGUUCUGCAUUGAAGCCAAUUCACCAUGGUUAUGAGUAAAGUUAACCUCGGUCUCGACUGCUGAUCAGAUAUUGUAUUAAUAUGCAGGUGUACCUAUUAAAGUGGCCAUUGAGUAUACAUAGAUUAUACAUAUAGUACACACAGCAUAUGGGUCAGUGAUAUACAUUUUUAUUUUAUUAUUAUUAUUAUUAUUACUGUGUAUAUGAUGGAUUUAUGUGUCAUUUGGAUUUAUUGGGUGUUUUUUAUUUGUCUGAUUUUGAUUCAUUUUUAAUCAGCUUCAAUUUCACUCGCCAUAAAAUGUCAGGUGGUACAACCACACAUGAAUUCAAUACAAAAAAUAUAUAUAUUAUUUAUUUUAUAUGUAGAGAGAGAGAUAGAUAUAUAGCCACAUAUACAGCAAAACAUUUAAACAUAUGCUCUUGGACCUGAGUUGAUAUAUAUUUUUUCAUUUGAAAUAAAUAAAGGUUAUUAUUAUAAGAUAAUAUUUUCAUGGCUUUCCUGUGGACGUCACAUGACAAUAAACGGAACCACUUCUAACUGC